AUGGAACAAAUAGAAAUUAUUGAAACACAUAUUACAGAAUCUAGGAGACCUAUUACUGAUGAAGAAGCUAUAAAUUACCGACCAUAUACAGAAGAAAGAAGUACUUCUGAAACAUUUACAACCCCGGGAUUUAUUAUAUCUAAUGAUAAUUUUCAGAAUGGUAAUAUAAGUGCUUUAACUGAUAUUGAUUCAAGGUAUCAUUAUACAGGUGAACGUGACUAUUCACAAGAUCCAUCAUUUUUACCAUCGGCAUCAGUAACAUUUAAAGAUUCUCAUCAACAAAAUAAUAUAACAUUUGAUAAAGAUCGUUCUUUAAAUAGUACAACUGGUAUACAAAAUUUUGGUUAUGAUAUUAAUGAGGUUCAUACAAGUGAAGGUGGUGCUAGAAUUAUAACACAUCAUGGUUUAACUAGUGAUAAAAAUAUUCCUAUAACAUUAGAUGAUAAAAUAGAUCAUAGUAGUUAUAGAUUACCAACACAUAAUAUUCCUGUAAUAACAACAACAAAAAAAGAAGAAACAAUUCUUGAAAAAACAGAAAAAAAAAGUUCAUAUACAAAUAUACCAUAUGGAAAAAGUCAUCAAGAGGGAAGAACAGGUUUUAGUAAUAUUUCAGGUUUUGGUUUAUCAAAUAAUAUUACAAAAAUUAAUAGUGGUCCUGAAGAAUAUUCAUAUCAAAAUAAGAGUAAUAGUAUGAUGGCACUACAAACACCAACAUCACCACAAUUACAAAGUAUCCUGAAACCAGAAAGAAAUUCAUGGCAAUAUGGUGGUCAAUCAUCUGCAGUUGUUGAAGAUAGUUCAUUUUCUCGUAAAGAUUCAUAUAAAAAAAUGCAAGAAUCUCAACAAUUUGAUGGAUCAACAUCAAUAUAUGCACCAAAAUCUCAGACAUCAUUAAUAUCAAAUAAUACAUCUAAUUCAAAUUCUGUUAAAUGGUCAAAGAAUCUCACAAAAACUAAAGAUGGUGCAUCAUUUAUUAAUAAAUCAAAAGGAUGCCUUUCAAAUUUAUUUUAUACAUUUAGAGAUGCAGAAUGGACACCAAAAUUAAUUUGUAAUGUUUGCCUUAUUUUUACUUUUAUAAUACUAGGAUUAAUAAUGUUAUUUUAUGUUUUAUGUGCAUUAUUUUAUCCAUCUGCUACAAGAGAUUUAUUAUUAUUUCCACCAGCAUGUGAAGAAUGUUUAAAGAGAAAUCCAAAUGCUCAAAGUUUGAGGGCACCAUCACAUUUAUAUGCUCAUUACUUUUCACCUAAUCAGGCACAUUUUGAAUUAGUUGGUAAUCCACCAUUAAAAUCAAAUAGUUUUACUGCUAUUGAUUUUGGUACUGGAUAUAUUGCAUAUGCUGAUCAUGCUUUAACAAAUGAUUAUGGUAUUCAUACUACAUGUUUUUUAAUGCAAUUAGAUAGAACAGCAUUACCUAGUAUGGAUCAUUUAAUGGAUGCAUUAAGGCAAACUAAAUCAGAAGAAUAUACACAAUUUGGGUGGCAGGAGUAUUGGCAAUAUGAGAUACGACCAAUUGAAGGAAGAGAGGCACAAUCAAAAUUUACAUCUGAAAUAGAUGAUUGUAAAAAUGCCAAAUGGAUUGAAUUAAAACAUACUGUACAACCAAGAGAUGAAAGUUGUAGUGAUUGUUGGGAUUUUUGUCUUCCUGAUUAUGCUAUUCAAAGAAGACAACGUUAUGAGGAUGAAAGUAUUGUUGGUAUUAGGAGAUUAAAUUGUUUUAGAUAUUAUGUUCCUGAAUGGUCAAAAUAUUCUGUUCACCAGGAUUCUUCAGGUGGUCAUUGGCAAUAUCCAAGAGUACCUGCAACUACAUCAAGAAAUGAGCAUGGUGAAUGGAUUGGAUGGAAAACAAUUGGCAAUUAA